AAAGAGCGAAAGAUUGGAUGAAACGUUAGAUGACUAUUGCAAAGCAAAAAGUGAAUCAGAAAAGAAAAAAAUGAUGAAGAUUAUCCACAAACGAUUGAACUCACUCAGUGCCAACUUCAACAAUAACUGUAAUAUAUAUCUAGCAGAGUCGAAGCUGCGAGCUUUCUUGCUUCUAAAUAACGACACACUCAUAAAUGAUGGAAUUAACCUUUAUGCAUCAUUGCUGACUGUUAUGGUGCAAAACUCGUUACAACUCAUUAACGAGAGAUCGUUAAAAAGCCUUUUGGCUAGAUUAGAGAGGAUUGUGGAACCCUCUAGUUUUUCGGGCAUGUCUCGCGUACGUCGAGACAUAGAAACCGUAAUCAGUUUGCUUUCCGCCGUUACUAAAAAGCUAAAAGACAACAAGAUAAGAAACGUAAUGAAGCUAAUUACGAAAAUCAAAGAAGACCCCAGCAAAGAAUCUUUGGAUAGAAAUCUAAAAAAGUACUUGGAGAGCAAAUGUUGGAUGCAGCAUUAUCUGGUGUUAUCUUCGCUCAAGAUGCAGGUUCUGGGUCAGAUUGAUGAAGAUCUCCUGGCAGCCUUCAUGCAGGUUAUUGAUUGGUUAUCAGCUAGUCUAAGUAAGAUGGAUCCAAGUUAUCGAUGGAAAUUCAUCGUUACUGUUGUUGACAGUCUUGCUCAAAUAGCAAGAGAAGUUCCAGAUCCCGCGCGUAAAAAAGCAAUCGAUUGUCUAUCCAGUUUAUAUUUCGUUCUCCAAGAAAAGAAACUUCGUGUUUGUAUCGGCCUAUUUCGCAAACGCGCGCAAGUUUUAGUUUUCAGUCAAGACAUGAACAUUCGGAGUAAUUUGUUAGAAGGGAUUUUUAAAGACCUUGAUACAGAUACCGAAGAAAUGUGUAGAGAGAGACUUGAACUCUGCAAGGAUUUGCCACUUACUGCAAUCGGAAGUAGACUUCACAGUGGAAACCAUGCAUGGAUUUUUUCCGCGUAUUCAAACAGUUUUGAGGUCAUUGCAAAGUGCUACAAAGAGAAACGGAAUGAACUUCUUGAGAAGAAUCUGGGCUCCCAACUAAGUUAUUGCGAGUACGAAUGCAAAUGUUUAAACCAGUUGCGUCAUACAAACAUCAUACGGCUUAUUGAUUUUGACGAGCGUGUCAAGUGUGUGCUGUUGGAGCCUGUCUCAAUUGGAAAUCUGCUGAACUACCUAAGGAAUCGCCGAUCCGAUGCACUUGGGCCUACGUUGACGGAGCUGUUGUGGAUUGCUGUGAACAUUGCAGAUGCGUUAAAAUAUUUAGAACAAAAGGGCAUCUUUCAUCUGGCAGUGCAGGCGGGAAAUGUUCUUCUCCAUGAAAGAAAUAUUGCAAAGUUAACAGGGUUUCAGUUCAGUCGAACAAAGGAACAGAUAAAGGAAUCUGGGGUGAGAAAAGCCAUCGAAAAAAGGCAUUUUAAAUGGAUGGAUCCACAAGCACUUCGAUUUGAAUCUCUUCAUCCGAAGACUGUGUCAUGGAGUUUUGGGGUCUUUCUUUAUGAAUUGCUGACCUUGGGUUGCGUUCCAUACAACAACCAUGGGUCAUGUUCAGAACGAGGGGAUUUCGAAAGGAAGCCUUUCACCUCGCUCAAGGCAAGAAUUUUUGUUAUACGAGGAGGAAAACCAGGCAAAGAAACUUGUAUCCCCAAAGACAUAUACUCGAUCAUAAAUGAGAACUGUUUCCAAAAGAAUUAUUCUUCUCGAGCAUCGCCACAAGAACUUGAAGGUCUUCUACACAGUCAAAUAAAUAAUUCAAAGGCAUCCGAUAAAAUUAGUGCUCCCCCAGAGCUAAUACUAAACAAAGAAGACUUGAAUCCAGAAAAUUACAACCCAGGGAUCGACGAUGACGAUGAUUUCCCCUUUGCCCAUCUGGAUGUUUUAGAACACGUUUGGAAUAAAGAAUAUCUUGAUCACGAAUUUGCAAAUGAGGAAGGGUACACCAACGCAGAUCCUUUUCAAUGCGAACCAGUUUUGUGUGUAAUAAAACGCCAACAGGAGGGUAAGGAAUGCGAAGAAAUUUGCGUGCUUGAAUACAUGGAAUUUAAGGAUAUAAAAUUGGUUGAAAAAUUACAAACUCUGAACUGUCCAGAACUUAUCAAAGUUAUUGCAGUCAAUCCUUACGGUCCACACACAUUAGAAAUGAUUUCCGAAAGUUUCCCGCAGGGUAACAUUCUUGAUGCGAUGCUUCAACGUCCUGAACUUCGUCUAUAUUAUAAAUUGUACAUUUAUCAAGCUGCAGCAGCCGUUUCCUAUCUCCACCAACAAGGAAUCGUGCACCGAAAUUUGAAAGUCGAAAACUAUCUGUUGGCGAAUGAUCAAAGCAUCAAACUGGGUUGCCUUGGGAUGUCUAUGGAGGAAGUGGAUCCGAAUGCUUUAUAUUUUGAAACAAUUGAAAAGACAAAGAUAAUUACAGAUGCUCGAAGGGACGCACCAGAAGUUUUAAAUUACGGUUUUUACUCACAAAAAAGCGAUGUUUGGUCUUUUGGAGUUGUUGUAUGGGAAUUUGUGAGUGUCGCAAACAGUUCAGGUACGAAGAGGCAAGAUGUUCUUCCAUACAGCCAUGUAUCGGAUAAUGAGGUAUUAGCCUUGGUGAUGGAACAAAACAUGCUUCAAAACCCAGAUCGCGGUUCUCAAUUUUUGUACAAUGUCUAUAAAAGAUGUUGUAACUGGUAUGCCAGCGAUCGCCCGAAAGCGUCAACUGUUCAUACGAUACUAAGGAAAAGAAAUUACCAUUUAAUACCUCAACCCGCACUUAAACAACCUGUAAGGUAACCACGAUCCUUGCCAUCAAGAAAUUACCAUUUAAUGCACGAGCUUUCCCCUAAACCACUUGUAAGGUCCUGGUCAGUACCAUCAAGG